AGAACUUGUGAACUUAACCAAUUGUCAAUAUGUUUAGGGAAAAAAUAUUGGUGUUGUCAUUAUUUUCCAUUUAUUGCCUUUCAUCGGCUGGAAAAAACAAAUCUUUUUCUGCACUUUUCGCUUUUGGAGAUUCAAUACUAGAUACUGGUAACAAUAAUCGUCUUCUUACUCUACUCAAGGCAAAUUACUGGCCAUAUGGAUUGAAAUAUGACUUUAAGAUACCAACCGGAAGAUUUUCAAGUGGAAGAGUUUUCACCGAUGUGGUUGCUGAAGGGUUGGGGAUAAAAAGAAUUGUACCAGCUUAUCGUAGGAUGCGUCGCAUCAAGCCUGACGACCUUAAAACUGGCGUUUGUUUCGCAUCAGGUGGUUCAGGAAUCGACGAUCUUACAUCUGGACUACAUAGAGUCUUAUCGACAGAGGACCAAGUAAGAGAUUUCAAAAAAUAUUUGAAGCAACUAAAAAAUGAGACGAAAAAAAAGAAAGAGAUGAAAGAUAUCAUUUCAAACGCAGUGUUUCUUGUUUCUAGAGGAAAUAACGAUAUUGGAUACUUCGUGAGUCCCGCUCGUUAUAUGCGAUUACAAUCCAAAGACAAAUACACAAGUAACCUGGUUUUUUGGACAAAAACAUUCCUACAAGAUUUAUAUGAUCUUGGAGCUAGAAAAUUCGCGGUGAUGGGAGUGCUGCCGGCAGGGUGUUUGCCGCUCCAUCGAUUUCUAUUUGGUGAAGGAUUCGCAUGGUGUAACUUCAUAAUGAAUAGACUUUCGGUGAACUUUAACACAAAAUUGCAGAUAGCUCUUAUUGGUUACGGAGUAGAAGAGUCUUUUAAAGGUGCAAAGUUUGUUUACGUUGACAUGUAUGGCAGUCUUAUGGAUAUUAUCAACCAUCCCAAGGCUUAUGGGUUUAAAGAAGUGAAACGAUCGUGUUGUUGUAUGGUGAAUUCGAUAAUACCGUGCCGAAACCCGGAUGAGUACGUAUUCUAUGACUUCCUUCACCCCACCACGAAAGCCUAUGAAGUUAUAUCUAAACCUCUUGUCCAUCAAAUGAGGAAAGGCCUUGCUUGAUUUAGUUUCUUGUUUCUUACAAUCAAUCCAUAUCACUAAAACAUGAUCGUUGUUAUAUUUUACCCUUACUAUUCUCUGGAAUAUUACUUCAAUUUUCACUGGUUUACCAAAGAAAAUUAUACCCCUCUCUAAUAUGGCAGAAAUAUAAUUUUUGUUUA